AGAGGAAAUGAGAUCUCAUGCAGUGACUUGUUUGAAGUUUAGCAGCCGCCUCCAUCACAGCUGAGGUGUGGACAUGGAGCUGCUGGUGUUUGCCAACUGGAGCACCCUGGUGGUGUGCAUGGUGGUGAAGUUCCCCCAGAUCCUGUCAGUCAUGGCUGCCAAGUCUGCAGAGGGGCUGAGCCUGGGCAGUGUGCUGCUGGAGGUGACAGGGUUUCUGGUAUUUCUGAGGUACCACAUGUAUUAUGAAUACCCAAUGGAGACUUACCUGGAGUAUCCCAUCCUAAUCGCACAAGACGCGGUGCUUCUACUCUUCAUCCUCCACUACAGCGGCAGUAUGCGCAGCGCCUUGACCUACUCCGGGAUGUUUUUCGGUCUCUGGAACACGUUGGUGCUGAAGAAAUGGAUAAUAGACAUAGCCCUGAAUUUAUGUACUUUGAUCAGUGCAUCAAGCAAGUUCCUCCAGCUCCAGCAUCUAUGGCGCACGCAGGACUCCGGACAAGCUAGCGCACUGACCUGGGGCAUGGCGACUUAUACCUGUGCUACAAGGAUAUUUACAACGGUGAUGACCACAGGAGAUAUUGCAGUUCUCGUGCGGUUCAUUGUCAUGUUCGUUCUCAACUGCUGGGUGGUGCUCGCCAUCCUGAAAUAUAGGAAGAAGCCGGCUGACGAGAAGAAGGAGGACUGAGGGGUCACGUCAGGAACUGCAUCCUACAGUAUAGGGACUACUUAUGAUCAAUCCACUUAUCACAGGUCACUGAAUUAUAUCUUUACUGUAAAAAUAAUGGUUCCCCAAAAAGGAAUAGGGGGAUCGCUUGCAUAGCUAUUCCCUAAAUCUCUUCAGCAUCACUCCCAGGGUGCGGUAGGAGAACAGGGAAGCCCUUCUCGCUGUAUCCUGCUGACGUGUCAUGCAUUGUGUUGUACAGAUUUGAGGCCUGUAGCUACCUCCGAUUUAUCUAGAGAAUCAUGGUGGACAGCUCACGAGUCUAAGGGCUCAUUCACACGACCGUAUGAAGGAGUCCGCAUCCAUUCCGCAACUUUAACCCAUUCAUUUCAAUGGAGCUGCAAAAGAUGCAGACAGCACACCGUAGACU